AUGUGGGAAGUUCUUCAAGUAACCCAUGAAGGAACCGAUGAUGUGAAACGUGCUAAGAAGAACACACUGAUACAGGAGUAUGAAAUGUUCAGGAUGCAACAGGGUGAAACCAUCGCUGAUGUGCAAAAACGCUUCACACAUAUCGUCAACCAUCUUUUUGGCUUAGGUAAGAAAUUUGACACUAAUGAAUUAAAUGUUAAAAUUUUGAAAUCUUUGAACAGGAUAUGGCAACCAAAGGUUACUACGAUAACCGAGUCUCAAGACUUGACGUCCAUGCCUAUGGCUGUGCUUUUUGGAAAGUUGAGAGAGCACGAGCUCGAGUUGAAUAGACUAAGUGUUGAGGAAGCCCAAGGAAAGAGGAAAACGUUAGCCUUCAAAACUGAAAAUUCUAAAGGCACAAGUUUAGAAAAGGAUGAGGAAUCUGAAGAUGAAGAUGAAGACGAUGAUGAUAUGAUUCACAUGUUCAGAAAAUUCAACAAGUUCAUGAAAUUGAAAGGCAAGGACCAAUUUAAAAAGGAUCGAAAGAAGAAACAACGAUCUUCUUCAAAUUACAGAUGUUAUGGUUGCGGAGAAAAAGGACGCGUUAAUGCAGAUUGUCCAAACCUUAAAAAGGGUGAAGAAAAGAAGUCGUUAAAGAAAAAGAAUGUUUAUAUUGCUUGGAAUGAUAAUGCUUCAAGCACUUGUUCAAAUGAUUUUAUUGAAGAAGCAAACUUAUGUUUGACAACUAUUGUUGAUGACACUACAAGCCAAUGGAGGCCCAAGAAGAAGCCAAUUAUAUGGGCAAUCAAUUCCAAUACCACCAAGGUAACUUCAACCAAGGGUGGAAACCUCACCCAAGUAUGGGUCAAGGUCAGAAUGGACAAUCUGCGCAAGCGACACAAUUCAAUAGACCACGACAACAACCAUCGCUAUGGCAAAACGAAGGUGAAAAUAGGGAAGGCUUUAAUUGAUUUAGGGUCAAGCAUUAAUUUGAUACCCUUAUCACUACUUGAAAGGAUUGGUGGUCUUAAAGUCAAGUCUACAAAGAUUAAUUUGCAAAUGACGGAUGGAUCUACCAAGAAACCUUAUGUUGUAGCUGAAGAUGUUGUGGUCUGUAUAGAGAAACUUAAAUUCCUGGUAGCUUUUGUGGUGAUGGAGAUAGAGGAAGAUGAGAAGAUGUCAAUUAUUCUUCGAAGGCCAUUUAUGAAAACGGCAAAAGUAAUCAUCAAUGUGGAUGAUGGGAUGAUAUUGCUUCAAGACCAAGAGAAAAAGGUGAUCUUUAAUGUCUUCAAAGCUGAGCAGCAGACUCAAGAAGAAAUGAUUAGUCAUAAAGCUGCAUAUGAGGAUGCACCAGUGACUAGCCCUAAAGAUGCCAAGCCGGUCAUUAAAGGGAUGGCCUCCUCGUCAGGGAAGAGAAUCAAGACCAUCGGAAACAAGAGAAAGGAGCCAGAACAUUUCUAUUCUAACAAGUUCCUAUCUCGUAGGCAUGAGCAAAACUUCCUAAGAGUCCAAGACCGAAGACUUUUGAUGGAGUGCAAAGUGAGGUGGAUAACAUCCUUUGCCCCGCAAUUUGGAGAGGAAUUGGAAAGAAGAGAAUGGGAGAAUGUAGUCGCUUACCCUACACUAGCAAACAUAGCAGUAGUCAAGGAUUUCGACACAAAUGCAAGGGCAUUGGCCAAGUCUCAUAAAGAGGACUAA